UUGCUUUUAUUUAAGGUUUUCUGCUUUUACUUGGGGUCAUAUGCAUGAUUAAAAAAGGUCUUAAAAAAAGAAAAAUUGCUUUUGUUAACGCCGAGCUUGACUUGUUUGUUGAAAGCUAAACUUUGAGCAGUUUCAUCUAUUAGAUCUUUAAUCAUCAACAUCCAUUCAAGGUUAAAACAGCAGUUGAAAUUCCGCCACUGAAAUGACAUUCUGGGGAGUAGAAAUCUUUCCAUUCGAAAAUGUUAUUCUUCAACCAGAUGAAUCUAAAGGGAAGCUUCAUAUAUCUCGGGCAACUUUGGGAAAGGCCCGGAAUGAAAAUAGGUGCAUCGUUCUGUGUAGUGUAGGAGGGCGUGAUUCUGUGAACUUAUGCUCGUUGAGGGCUGAAAAAAAUGAGUCAUGUGAACUGGAUUUGGACUUUGAUGAGGACACCGAAGUUUAUUUUUCUGUUGACGGUCCUCUUAGAGUGCAUCUUACAGGGUAUUACCGCGAGAAACGUAAAUCUAGCAAGAAUGAUGAUGAUGAAAAUCAAACUGAAGAGGACUAAAAAUGGUCAAAGGAAAUUUAAGGUGUUAAUCUCAAGUUCAGGUUCGAGGGCAACAUGGUAUUAUGGGGGACUAGCAGUAAAAUCAGAGUGCCGUGUCUAUUGAUGCUUUCUUGCUUAAUGUAAAAAAAUAAUACUCCACAUUUGCACUUGUAUUGACUUCUGUAUUACAUGUUGAAAGAUGUUCUGAAAACUUGGGAAUCAAAAAUUGAAACCACAUGGCAUUGUGAU